CCCCCACCCGCCGCCAUUUUGUGCCCAGCCCCGCCGCGGAGGGGCGCGGCCUCCCGCCCGUCGCACCCGCUGACGUCACGCCAGCUGCAUCGCGACGUGGCCUUAGCCGGCGGAGCACCCGACAGCCUCCCCUUUCGCCGUACGCGGCAGCAGCUCUGCCAACUCUGCCCGCCUGUCCCUGCGGGUGGCCAUGGACCAGGUGAUGCAGUUCGUGGAGCCCAGCCGGCAGUUCGUGAAGGACUCCAUACGGCUGGUCAAAAGGUGCACCAAGCCUGACAGGAAAGAGUUCCAGAAGAUUGCAAUGGCAACAGCGAUAGGCUUUGCAAUAAUGGGAUUUAUUGGCUUCUUUGUCAAAUUGAUCCAUAUCCCAAUCAACAACAUUAUUGUAGGCGGCUGAAUGCUCACGGUGAAGAACAAGACAUCGUGACGUUUGCUGCAAAGAUUUCACAGCUUUGUAACUUGUUCACUAUUAAAACAGUUUUGGGCUUUUGCA